AUGUACCAAAAGGGUGUCAAGCAUCUGUGUGACAAGGGCUUGAAUAAGCUCCCUCUCAAAUACGUCCUCCCCGAUUCCGAGCGCCCCGCCGCCCCCUGCCAAUCCGCCAACCUCGAUGUCCUGGGCUCCAUCGAGCUACCUGUCAUCGACUUCGCCGAGCUCUACGGCCCCAACCGCCGCCAUGUCCUCCUCUCCCUCACCAAAGCCUGCGAACAAUAUGGCUUCUUCCAGUUGACAAACCAUGGAAUUUCGACCGACGUGAUAUCAAGUAUGAGAGAUGUUAGCUCACAAUUCUUCGAGCUUCCAUACGAGGAACGAGCGAAAUACAUGUCAUCCGACAUGCAUGCGACCGUGCGAUACGGGACAAGUUUCAAUCAAAACAAAGACAAUGUUUUCUGUUGGAGGGAUUUCUUGAAGCUGACAUGUAACCCUAAUGACCUUCACCAACUUCUCUCCCGCUGGCCGUCUUCUCCGGCGGGGUUCAAAGACUCGGCGUCGACGUACGUGGAGGAAACCAGAGCGCUGUUUCUCGGUCUGGUGGAAGCCAUUGUUGAAAGCUUGGGAGGUAUGGAGAAAGAAGAGGAAAUGGAAGAGUUGUUGAAGGAAUUUGAAGAUGGAAGCCAAUUAAUGGUGGUGAAUUGUUAUCCACAAUGUCCUGAGCCAGAACUAACGCUGGGAAUGCCGCCGCACUCUGAUUAUGGCUUCCUCACACUUCUCCUUCAAGAUCAAGUUGAAGGCCUUCAAAUUCAUCACCAACAACAAUGGGUCACUGUUCAACCCUUGCCCAAUUCAUUCGUCGUCAAUAUCGGCGAUCAUCUUGAGAUAUUCAGCAAUGGAAGGUACAAGAGUGUGCUACAUAGGGUUGUGGUGAAUGCAAAGCAGCCGAGGAUAUCGGUGGCGACAUUGCAUAGCCUUCCUUUUGACUCGACGAUCAAGCCGUGGUCGAAGCUCGUGAAUGAAGAGAAUCCACGACGUUACAAAGACACUGAUUUUGGUGUCUUUCUUCAAUAUAUCACCUCUUGUGAGCCUAAGAGGAAGAAUUUCUUAGAGUCUAGGAAAAUUAUUUAUUGA